AUGUGUUCUCCUUUGCAGGCUGUCGUUUUCUUUUGUAUAUAUGCAAUUAUCCUCUGCAGUUGUAUAGCUGUGAUUUGGAGCCAUUUUGGGGAGGUUCGUGCUUCGGAUGAAUUAUUUAUUAGAAUAAUGGACGCCGCAAGCCCCUUGUACAGGCGCGCAGUGUCCUUGCUUCCACCGUAUCUUCAAGUUGUGCAUCUAACUUCGACGGGAGGCAAUGGACACGAACAAAAUUUUGACAUGGGUGGAAUCGUCGCCAUCGUGGCAGCCGGGGUCAUUUCAUCUUAUUUAGUCCUAAAUUUCAUCAGCAAAGCAAUGGGCAUGAGGGGAAAGGCUGCCAGCAUGGACCAGUUGCGCCAAAUUGGCAAUGUCCCAAAUGUAUGCAAACAUUACGUCCACCGAGGCAAGGCCGAAGACGACAUACAAGAGUGGUUGACAGACCAACCAGCAGACGACAGUCAUCCAAGGGUGGCCAUUGUAGGCAUGGCAGGGAUUGGAAAGACAGCGCUGGGCACAUCAGUCAUCAAUAGCAUCAAAGCCUUGGCUCAUUUCUGGAGCGGUAUCUUCUGGUUGCAAUCCGGGGCACCUGGUCCGGAUGCAGUUCUCGCCAUCAUUCGGGAGAUUCACAGACGAAUGACAGAAAUGUUUGUUGAUGGACCCUUCGUGGCAGACAGGGAGCAGGCCGGGUUGGGAGUUGAUGACCUCGUCACAAGAAUCAACAACAAGCUGCGAAGAAGAUCGUGCCUCUUGGUUCUUGACGGGGUGCUGGAUCCGAAGAUGCUGGAAAGUGUAUUGAAACUCAGAUGUGCUCUGCUCGUUACUUCCCAGGUGAAGGGCAUUUUUGACAACCACGUGCAAUUCAAGCGCGUUGAAGUUUUACCUCUUGAUUUUGUCAGCUCGCGAAAGCUGUUUCUGAACCUGGUGCCAGCCGCUGUCCAGCUCAAGGGAGUGGAGGAGCUACUGCAGUCAUGUGGAGGACACCCCCUUGCGCUGUCCAUCAUGGGAACACUGUUCCAGGAUGCAAUGAGGGCAGAAGGGGCAGCCAGUGCGGCUGCUAUUGAUGAUCUGAUGGCAGAACUUCGGGAUCCGUACUGCAGGUUGCAGAUGCGCAUCAAAUCCGAUGUCGUCUUGCACAGCGCUGACGUGGAGAGGCACUCAAAUGUCAGCAGAUGCUUCGAUUUCGCACUGGACGCCCUGAGUUGGAACGAAAGGAAGGUCUACAUGUCACUGGAAGCGCUGCCAAUUGGGUUCCAGUCCACAAUUGGUGAGUUGGGCACUGUGUGGAACUUGCAGGAUGACCAGGCACUGCAAAUGGCAGAAAAGCUUGAGCGCCAUUUCCUCAUUCAACGGGAGGUGUGCAGCGAGGGAUCUAAGACUGUCCCAACACUGUGGGUCUUGCACUCACUUCAACACGACUACCUCAAAAUGCUGAGGGUUUCAGCACCGCAAAAUGUGCCACAGCAAUAA